ACAUCAUAAUUAAAAGACACGACAGUGUCUCACGCCUAGGGCAGGAAGAUUCGCAAGAUCCAUUAGAAUUAAGUUGUUAUUUUAUUAUGACAUACAUAAAUUAAAUAACUGUAUAAGUAUAUAUGUAUAAUAUACAAUUUAUAUACAAUAAGUGUAAUAAAUAAUUUAAUAGUACAAAUUUCUAAUCGUCGGUCUGUAAAUAUGAUUAUAAGAGCGAGCGGAGAGUAACGCGAAAAUCCGAUAAUUACAUGAGAACGAGCGAGAAAGUAAUGAAAGCGAGCGAGACGACACAGAGUCUAAAGAGCGAGCGAAACAGUAAUAGAAACGAGCGAGAUAAGAAUAACAGCACGAGAAAAAGGCUCGAAGCUCGAGCGACUCGAGGCUCGAGACUUUCCCCCACUUUUCGUCUUGUAUUUUUAUCUCGCUCGUUCCUAUUACCGUCUCGUUCGCGCUUCAGGCUCUCUUAUUGUCGUCUCGCUCGCUCUUAUUACCUUCUCGCUCACUCUCAUACAGCUGUCGCUUUGUGUACAUAGCACGGAACGCAACCUAAGAAUUGAGCAUAUGAGUUAUCCUUCGGAUACUGGUUAUAAUUCAUAUCCACGUCGUUAAUGUCCUGAGGGCGCUCACCGGCCAAAACCGACUCGCAACGUCGCUCUAGCGUUUCGCUGAUGUGCGCUACCCCUUCUCCUGCCACAUCUAUGUGGCAAAACUCUGAAAUGUGCAACACUGCGGCAGCCUGCAGUGUAUCCCGAGCGUUCCGGCAGUACGAGAGACGACUCGGAGGCACAGAACCUUGUUCCUGGGAUGGAGAAGGGAACUGGCGACCGAGAUUAGCGAUCGGAUCGACAAGACAACAAAGGGAUCAAUCAACCACUGCACCAUCCGGGGACAAGGCGGAGGAACCAGCGAGCAUGAGGAAGUACACGGCCACGAGGACAGAGACCAGAAAGAUUAAUGGCAAGAGCGUACUGACCGUUCGACUGGAGAGGUCACAGGACCCGGCGCAGGCAGAGGCGGGCACUCAGUGACAGUGGCGGCGCGCUGACACCGCGUUUCGCGAAAAGAUUUUUGCGUUUUUUCUUUCCUUUUUAUUAUUAUCACUGUGUUAGUUUUUAUUUUAAGUUCGCUAAUCAUUGUUGGCAUGCCCGCAUAAAGUGGUGUGGAUACUCAUUAAUAAUCAGUGUUGGGUAAGAUACUUUUAAAAUGUAUCUCGAUACAGAUACAGAUACAUAUGAAAAAAUGUAUCUAGAUACAGAUACAGAUACAUAAAUCAAAAUGUAUAUAGAUACAGAUAUUCAGAUACUUUAAAAGUAUCUCAGAUACGUAUCAGAUACUUUUAAAUUAUUUAAAUAAAAAAAUCGGAAAAAUUCAAAUGUUUAUGCGCAACACGAAAAGCGCAUUAUAAAAUAAAUAAAUACAUUUUUGUGUUGCGCACAAAUAGCUGUCGCUGAACUCUUACUAUCUUUUUCGAAUUUUUAUUUGUUUGUUGAGUCGUUGAGUGAACUUGCGUUAAAUUAUAUUUUAUUGUAAUAAUGAUAAUAAUAUUAAUAAUGUAAUAUGCACAAAAUAUAAUGAAUAAUCUUUUAUUAAUUUUUUUGUUUACAUUAAGAUUUUUAUUUUAUUUGUUAUUAGUAAUAUUAGUUUUACACACCAAAAAUGCUUCAAACAUAUCAUCGCUCAAUCUGUUUCGUCGCGGUACCAAAAUUUGACCACCAGUGCUAAAUAAUCUUUCAACCGGUGCUGAUGAAGGUAGAAUUGUGUUAAAUUUUAAAAAUAAGUGCUUUAUGUGCGGAAAACGUGUGAUUGAUCCGAUAUCUUUUUGUUUAUCUGAAAUAAGAGAGAACUUCCAUUCCAAUAGUAUUGUCAGAUGUUAUUUUUGUAUGGUCUUGAUCUUGAUCCUUUAGAAAUUUGAAAAAUUGGUCAUCUUCUACGGAAGAUGCCGAAGAAACAUCAGGAGAUAUUUUAUUUUUAUUUUUUAAAGCCGCACACUUUUUGGCUUCUGUCAUAAGCAAGUUUUUGCAAUAUUCAUGAUCCACGAUAGUUUUGGGAAAAAUUUCUGCUUCUAAUAUCAAGUUUAGCCAUGUCAGUUUAAGUUUAGGAACAGUCAAGGAUGAAAUGAUGUAAGGUUUGCUACAUGCACUGUCAAAAUUAAAUAUACUAUUCCUGAAUCUUUUAUUGAUGCCAUCUAUUAGAGCAUUCUUUAAGGGUUCGCAAUUAGACAAAUCGCGAAGAGUCUGUAAAUUAAUUUUAAGUUGUAGCAAAGCUGGCAAAACGUAUCCUAAAAAACAAUAGUUUUCUCCCUGUAGCAAAUCAAUGGUACAUGCUAAACUCUUCAUUACCAUGAGAUAUUCUUCAAAAAACUCGAUCUCGCUCAUUUUAAAUCUUGGUUUAUUUAAACGGUCACAAAUUUCAUUUAAAUGAUUUUUAAUCAAUAGCAAUUUACAAACUGCAUCAUAACUUGAAUUCCAACGAGUUGGACAAGGAAUUUGUAAUUUAGUAUGUGCAAUUUCUUCAACAAUAUCUGCUGCCUUUGUUGAUCUGUGUACUGUAUUCCAUAGUGCAUUUGCUUUAGAAAAUGAAGAAUUAUAUAAUUUCUUAUAUUUAAUAUUAGAUAAGGCUGCACGUGCAUCAGUAGUUGCAAUUAAAUUCAAUGUGUGUGACAUACACUUAUAUUGAGUUGGCAAAGCAAAUUCUUCGUCUGAAUCAUCGUCAAAAUUAUUUCGAAGUUCAAAUUCAGAUAUAACAAUGUCAUCUUCGGUUUGUAAAUAUUCUAGCUCUUCAAUUUCGUCUAUAUCGAGUGAAAAUAUACAAAAUGCUUUUCCAAAAUUUGUAGCAUUAUCCGUGACUGUUCCUACAAUCUUAUCAACAGAUAAGUUAAAUUUUUGAUGAACAUUAUUUAGCAUUUUUGCUAUUUCGAUGUACGUAUGAGCAAAUUUCAUACGACGACAUGCCAGAACACAGGAAUUUCUUUUUAAAUUGUCAUCAAGAUAAUGGCAAGUAAUGCCCAUAAAACUUCGGUUUGUACAACUCCAAAUGUCUGCAGUAGUACAAACAAAUUGGGCUUUAGAAAUCCGGACUUUUAUUUCAGCAAUUGUUGAUUCAAAUAAUUCUUCCACUUUUUUCUUUAAAGUUUUUCGUGUUGGUAACUCAACAUUUGAUAUACCCGAUAUAAGAGCUUUGAAUGAAGGUUUCUCAACGGUUGAAAGUGGUCUCAUUUCAUUAAUUAUAUAAGAUAACACAAGUUUAAUAACCUAAAAACAAAAAUACAACAAUUUUUAUUUAUAUAAUUGUAUAAUUCUAUGUUGAGUAUAAUUUUGCAAACCUGUUCUUUUAAGACCGUGUUUUUCACUAACAUGUUUGUUAGUUUUGGUUGCUUUGUAGGUAUUGAAUUCGGAUCACACGAAGAUGCUCUUUUAUGUUUUGCUUCUUUUUUUUGUAAAGCUUUUUUUAAUAAAGCUGGAUGUUUUCUCUGCAUUAGAAAAAGAAAAAUAUAUAUAUAGACAUUAUUAAGUUAUUAAUAAAUAAAACGUCACAAUAAACAUGUGAGACAUUAUCUAGCUAUCAUUCCUAAAUAAGAUUUCAACCAUGUAUGUCAUUAGAAUAUUAUAAUAGCAAUUAUUUAUAUACUUUUGUAUAUUAAUUAUGUUAGUUUAUAAAUCAUUGCUUUAUCAGAUUUUGUUAAUAAAUAAUUAUUGCUAUA